GUUAAUGAGACACGUUUUAUAUCUAAAGUUUUUGAACAAAUAGACCGCCGUUAUUCGUUACAUUAACUUUCAUAUUGAUAAAUUAGUCACAGGGAUCGAUAAAGCAACAAAUUGAAAUGUCAGACCAUGAGAACGCAGCUAAACGAAUACGUUUAGACAGAUCGGUUUCAAGACCUGCUGAGAGUGAUCAUGAUAAUAGGGAUGAUAAUUUAUCCGACAAUGAUAGUAAGCCAUUAUCGUCUUUAAGUAACGAUGACCACAAUUUAAUUAGUUCUGAUGAAAGUGACGAAAAUUUAUCCGAAUAUUCAAGAGAUUCUCAAUCAGAAGAAGAAAAAGAAGAAAUUGAAAAUACAAGACUUCACAUGGCCGUAAUGAAUGAUAAUAUAGAGUUAGUCAAAGAAAUUUUGAGUACUGGAAUCGAUAUUGAUGCACCUAAUAAGGAAAAGAAGACAGCCCUCCACUUGGCUGUUUAUAAUAGGAAUUUGCCAAUCAUCGAGUGCCUGCUAGAGUACGGAGCCAGUGUAUUCGCUUUGAAUAAAUCUAAUGACCGAUCUGUACUUCGGGAAACUCCAUUACAUAAUGCAGUAAGAGAAGAUCGUCUGGACAUUGUUAAAUUACUUUUGACAACGCAGAUAGACAUAAACAAACUGAUGAAAAAUUAUGAUGCAGUCUUGAAAUUUGCAUAUCAUCAUAGAAAUUACAAGCUGAUAAAAUCUCUAACCGGCUGUCCAAAUUACAUUGAAAACGACACCUUAAUAAAAAGAGCCUUGAAUACUUUCCCAAUACAAGAAUUACUACAAACAGAUUACAAUGAAGAUUUAAUUGCUUCAAUGUUUGGAAAAUAUUUUGAUAUAAAUUUGCUUGAUAGUGAUGGUCGGACACCACUGUCUUUGGCAGUUCAAAAUAAAAGUAUAGAUAUGGUUGAGUAUUUAUUGGACAACGGAGCGGAUAUAAAUUCGAAAAAUCGUUUUACAAAUUGUGAUCAUUGGACCGCGCUACAUAUUGCAGUAAAAACGAAGGACGAAAAUAUGGUAGAGUGUUUAAUAAAUCACGAAAAUUGUGAUCUUAUUGCUAAAACAUGUUAUGACUAUACACCACUCGAUGUUGCAACUUUCACUAAUAAUUUAACAAUCGUUAAGAUGCUGGCUGACAAAAUUGCACAGCAUGAUGUGUAUAGUAAAGAUAUAAAUAAUCAUGUGUUAUCAUCUUUUCAUGAAGCUAUUGAUAGAAAUUUUAUGGAGAUAACGAAAUAUUAUUUGGCUACUUUUAAUCUUGACUUUAAUAUCAAAUCAGAAGUAGGUUUGAAUCCAUUAGAAAUUGCUGCGGGUGAACGUAGCUUAGAAAUGUUUAAAUUAUUAUUGGACUAUGGAGCCGAAAUUAAUUAUUCUUUAAAAGAGAGAUAUGAAGUUAUGAAUAAAGGAACAUCUGUGCUGUUCAGUGCAGUAAAAGAUGCAAAUGUUACGAUGUUAGAUUUAAUUUUUAGCAGAGGUAUUCAAACCGACAGUUUCAAUAAGACAAAGAAUGGAGUAACGAUACUGCAUGUGGCUGUUUUUUCAAAAAAUAAGGACAUUGUUGAAAGAUUGUUGGAUCGCGGGGUCGAUGUAAAUCGUAAAUGCAAAAUCGACGAUACUUAUGAAGAAAUAACACCGCUACUUUACGCCGUUUCUCGAAAUCUAUAUGAAAUUAUUUUAUUACUGAUCGAGAGAGGUGCCAAUUUAAAUGAUAUAGCCAAAAUAAAAUCUAAACGCAUGUCUAUCAUUGAUAUCGCUAUUAAAAAACGCUGUGGUGGCGAUUUUGUGAUGAUGUUAUUAAAUUCAGGUGCUGAUAUUAAUAUUUCGAGCAUUGCUGAUCGCAGAUUGCCGGAGAAAACUUCAAAGAUACUUGAGCGACAUUUACUCAAAUUAAAAGCUGCUGAAUUGUUUGUACACGAUAAAUUUGACGGCUGGGUCAGUCGUGGGAUGGAGAAAAAAGUAUUUUACAACAAAUGUAAAAAAGAAGUUGAAAAGAUGGAAGAAAAAGUAAUUAAUGAGAGUACUAUUUGUUAUUAUGAUUUGCUGAUUAAGAGAGUCGAUCAGGUGGCAAUGUUUGCAGACAAUAAAGAUUUUGAAGAGGCUCUGGAGUUCGGUAAACUCGAGACAAAAUUUCCGCUCUACGCAGAGAUGCUGUUUUAUAAUUUCAAAAGAGCACAGAGGCGUCAUCAACUGUUGAAGGAGGCUGAAAAGCUACUUGAGGAUAUUUUUAUUGAUUUGCCCGAUGAUUGUGUGCGAAAAAUUUUAAUAUAUUUGAAUAAUGAUGAUUUAUUGAGGUGCGCAGGAAAAAUAACCGAUGAAAUUGUAAAUUAAAUAAAAAAAUUUUUAUUGAUUCAAAUGUAGUACACGGAGAGAAAAUUAUGGUAACAGUUACAAUAUAUUAUGGGAAUAGUUCCCAUAAUGCAUGGUAACCGGUGUUUUUGAAAUGUUGAUUAUAGGAACGGCACCCAUAUAUAGUAUGGUAAUCAUUCCUAUAAUUAUGAGUAUAAUUCCCAUAUG